CGGUGUACAGGCGGUGCUGGGGGUGGGGGAUAGCGGCCGCUCUGAACGUCCCCGUCCCGGGAGCCGGGGUAGAGGCACACGCCGGCGCUGUGGUGUCGCAGGCCCGUGGUGCAGGUGAAGGCACGCACCUGCCCGCCGUGUUGGAGUCACGGGAGAGGCAGCGGGCUCCAGAGUUUGUGGGGGAGAUCUGCCUGAGUCAGUAUAUGGUCCUGAAGUUUUAAUUGUACAGAGUUCAUCAACAGACACUCAUCAUGUCUUGGCUUGCUGAUCUCGCUGGAAAAGCAGAGGAUCUACUCAACAGAGUUGAUCAAGGAGCUGCAUCAGCUCUGAGCAAAAAAGACACAUCAAGCAGUGUAGUUUAUGAUAAUAAGAACUUGGACUCUGCCAAUGAGUAUUCUGAAGCGUGCCAGCGUACUGGAGAACUGAAAUACCAGACUUCAUCCAAAGCAGCCUACAUCUCCUCAGCAGCUGAAAAUAUUAAACACCAAAAGGCCACAAUCCUGGCAGGAACAGCAAAUGUUAAAACAGCACGUAGGACAUCCUCAGAGGCGGCUUCUCCAGCAGAAAAUGCUUCCACACCCAGAGCUGCCUCACAUUUUGUGAGAAGAAAGAAGUCAGAGCCUGAUGAUGAGUUACUAUUUGAUUUUCUCAAUAGUUCAGAGAAAGAACCUAAUGGAAGGAUAGAUUCUAAAAAGGAGAAGAGCAAGGCACCUGUUCUUCAAAAUCACUCUCGGACUUCAAGCAUUAGUUCUGUGUCUACCAGUACACAGAGUGCAAAAACUACUGAAGAUAAUUCUGCCAGGAGCCAAGACAAUGAAACUCCAGACAGUUCAGACUCCGGCCUGGGAGCACAAGGGAGUGGCCUGAAGGAUUCAUCACUAAGUGCAGCAACCAACCCCAGCCUUUCAAGUAAUGAUGAUUCCAAAUCUCAUGAGCUGUCCAAUCUUCGCCUGGAGAACCAGCUGCUGCGAAAUGAAGUUCAAUCUUUAAAUCAAGAAGUGGCCUCAUUAAUACAGAGGUCCAAAGAAACACAAGAAGAACUGAACAAAUCUCGGGAGAAGGUGGAGAAGUGGAAUGUUGACCAUUCAAAGAGUGACAGGAUGGUUAGAGAACUUCAGGCUCGAGUGGAUGAUCUGACAGAAGCUGUUGGUGCCAAAGAUUCACAGCUAGCUGUGCUGAAAGUACGGUUGCAAGAAGCUGAUCAGCUCUUAAGUUCUCGGACAGAAGCUUUGGAAGCACUGCAGAGUGAAAAAUCACGGAUAAUACAAGACCACAGUGAAGGAAGCAGUUUACAAAAUCAAGCCCUUCAGACUCUUCAGGAGAGGCUGCGUGAUGCAGACUCUGCACUCAAGCGAGAACAAGAAAGUUACAAACAAAUGCAGAAUGAGUUUGCGGCUCGUCUAAGUAAAGUGGAAGCAGAACGUCAGAACCUGGCAGAAGGGAUAACUGUAGCAGAGAGAAGGUAUUUAGAUGAAAAGAGGCGAGCUGAUGAGCUUCAGCAGCAAGUCAAAGUAACUAAAAGCCACCUAGAAUCUGCAAAACAGGAACUGACAGACUAUAAACAGAAAGCUACUCGCAUUCUCCAAUCCAAAGAAAAGUUGAUAAACAGCUUAAAAGAAGGCUCUGGUAUUGAAGGCCUGGAUAGCAAUGCAGCAGGCACGGUGGAACUGGAGGAACUGAGACAUGAGCGAGACACUCAGAGAGAAGAAAUACAAAAACUAAUGGGACAAAUACAACAGAUGAGAACAGAGCUGCAGGAUAUGGAGACACAGCAGGUAAGCGAAGCUGAGUCAGUGAGAGAGCAGCUUCAAGACCUACAAGAGCAGAUAUCAGCACAUAAAAUGGCCAAGCAAGAGGCAGAAGCUGAACUGGAACGGCAAAAACAGGAACUUCAUUAUACUGAAGAAGAAUUGUAUCGAACGAAGAGUACUUUGCAAAGCAGAAUAAAAGACAGAGAGGAAGAAAUUCAGAAGCUCAGAAAUCAGCUCACAAACAAGACUCUAAGCAGUAGUAGUCAGACAGAAUUAGAAAAUCGGCUUCAUCAGCUGACAGAAACACUAAUUCAGAAGCAAACCAUGUUAGAGAGCCUGAGCACAGAGAAAAACUCACUUGUGUACCAGCUGGAACGGCUUGAGCAACAGCUGAAGGCUAUCCAAGGCACAAGUGCUAAUGGACCUUCCAUUAACAUGGCAGGCAUUGAUGGUGCUGAAGGUGCUCGUCUGCGUAGUGUUCCUGUCCUGUUCAGUGACACAGACACCAGCAUGGCAGGAGUGUACGGCAGAGUCCGCAAAGCUGCCAGUACUAUAGAUCAGUUUAGCAUUCGGCUGGGAAUCUUUCUGAGGCGAUACCCCAUAGCAAGAGUCUUUGUAAUCAUUUACAUGGCAUUGCUUCAUCUCUGGGUUAUGAUUGUUCUCCUUACCUACACCCCAGAAAUGCAUCAUGACAGUCCCAGUGGCAGGUAGACUGAGACAGGACCAUAUGCUGUGCUAAUGUAAUGUGGACUGGCAAUGCCUUUGAAUUAUCAGUCCUGAAACAUCAGCAAACUUUUCCUCAUGGUGUUUCAGAAGAAUGAAAACCAUCAUGCCUGAUUUAUCACUACCUUUCAAACACGUGUGUAAUACUAUGUAGCUUUUUCAAUUUGCCUAAAAGAGCAUCACUUAGCUGGAGAAAUGAAGCUGUUAAGCUAAGCUCUGAUUAGCCUUUACAUUUUAUGUAGACCCUCUGGUGGUUAGAGUGAAAGAUAAGGCUUGUUCUGCAGAGAAAUGAAAGGAUUUCUGAAAUCACAGAUAUAUCUGGUACAAAUUACUUUAGGUCAUACUGGAUGUGGGCUAUGGUCAGGUAAUAAACUGUAUUUAGCAUUUUAAAUAAACUUCUUUCUGGUUGCUUUCAGUUGGCUUUUGCACUUAUGUUUUUAACUUUGUAUAUAAUAGGCUUUUCCUUAACAUUAACUGGAAAAAGGACAAUGGAUUGGUGCAAUAUAUUUUUGUAAAUAAGUUUAAGAAUAAAAUAUUAUGCAUUCUUCUUAGCUUUGUACUUCUAGUGCAAGAGAUGUAUCUUUCCUACAAACUGAAUAGUGGGGCUGCCUAUUUAAAGGCUGGUAUUUUAGCUUUAUUAGAGAAAGAGAGAUGGUUUUUGAGAAGGAAGGUUUAAACUGUUGAGAAGUAAUGGUGUUUCUUUUUGCACUUGAAAUUUGUAUAUUUUAACUUCAUUUUCUUAUACCUCUCUCAUUAGUACAUGUCUUAAUCAGAACUUAUUAAAACAUUUAUUUUCUAAAGCUUUGGGUAUGUAAUUAAAACUAUUUCUAUAUGAAAUCUAUCAAAACAUUAAAAAUUUCUCAUGUCUAAACACUCACCAAAUAUACUAAUAAACAAACCUCAUCAAAUACUUAUAGUAAAACCCAAAAUACCAAACCUACUGUAGAAGUUCUGUUGUCAGGUUGUGGCAUUCUGUAAUUAUGAAUUCUCAAGAGACAAUCACACAAGGUCACUUUCUUAAGAAAUUUCUUGGUUUUUUGUGUGGUGCUCACAGCUGAGUAAUGAAAAGAUGACUGCAAGCAGUUUGUCACUCUUGCUCUUAAGGAUGUGGUUCAGUUUUCAUGUGGUUUGAACACAAAGCAUUAGGUCCUGUGCAUGAAGUCUGUCAUGCUGGCUCCUAUGGAAGUGUUACAGUGGACAAAUGCCUCUAUUGCUGCUCUGAUUCAGAUCUUGCAGAGAAAACAGAAAUGUUUGGAUAAACUGAGUAAUAAAAGAGCAUUUAUUCUAAGUUGUGUCUGCCCUCUAUCACAUUUAUUGCAUUUUGCCUAAUUCCUGCUGCCUGUUUUCUUUUCAAUUCUGGUACUAAAGCCACUUUUGAACCCCAGGGGGAGCUGAUUGAUAUGGAAAGAAAUCAAAUAAAGGAUCUUUGCACACUCA